UUGAUAGUUGAAGUGGAGGAUGGAGCACGUAUAAAAUUAUACAUAGAGAGAGCUUCCUUUUCAGUGAAAGUCGUUGUCGCACACGAAAACACACCACCUGUUCCUUUCUACCAGAAAAAGAAAAGAAGAAGAAGACGAAGAAAAAGAAGAGAAACAAAAGAAAUUCCAGUUGAUGAUCGGAGAAUAAAGAGAGAAGAAGCAAAUGAUGAUGGCGGAGAAGCAGUGGAGGAGAUAACUCGUGCUAGUAGCAGCACUAGUAGUGGUAGAAGAAGAAAGAAAGAUUAUAUGGGAGGUUGUUGCUGUUGUUCCUCUAAAGGAGCUGCUCAAUCUAAUAGCGCACCGCCUUAUUAUUAUUACCCCAGAGCACCAGCAGAGCAUGUCCCAUUGUCAUCUCACCAUGCAGCUGGGUCUGCUCUAUCCACAGGACUUCUGGUUGAUACAAACCUGGACACAUCAGUUCCUGAUGCUUAUAGACCACCUCCUGCACCUAUGCCAUUUGAUGUGGCAGUAGGACAUCUUCAAACCCUGCAUAGGUCGAGAGAGACUUGUGGUGACAAGAAUGAUGGAGCUUUGCAAACAACAAAUUCUGCUUCUGGACAAGAAAACACUGGCUUGAAUACUCGGGAAACUUCGGCUGAGUGUGAAGAUGUGAAGGAGUUAGACUGCAAGGCGCAAAUCAAUUCAGAACUUGAUGCGGCGAAGGAGCUAGAAAUUGAGCUUUCAAAGUCAGUUGAGCCUCUUGUUUCAGCAACAGAGGAGGAGGAUUGUCCUAUCUGUCUGGAAGAGUAUGAUUUAGAGAAUCCAAAACUUAUCACAAAAUGCGAGCAUCACUUCCAUCUUUCAUGCAUUCUUGAAUGGAUGGAAAGAAGUGAGAGUUGUCCUGUUUGUGACAAGGAAGUGAUAAUCGACCCUCCUAUUGAUUAGUAGCUGUGCAGAAAACAUGUUGAAGAUCAACUUCUUAGCUGUUUGAAAUCAUGUUUGUGAAGCAAAAGUUACAAAUGCAUGAGAGUUUGGAGUUUUUUUUCUUUGCCCACAAUCUGGUGCUUGCCACAGAUUUGGCUGUAGCUAUUUUUUUUCCUUCUUCUUUUUUAAGAGUCAGUGCCUACUUCAAUGCUUGUUGUUAUGUGUCCUCACUUCAUCAAAGCUUCAGAUUUUUCAAGGAAAUGAGAAAAAAAAAAUUAAUAAAAAAAAUUGGGGUGGCGGGGAAGAAGAUGAGAAGAGAGGAUAGAGGCUGGUCCUACAUCAUCAUGGAUGUCCAUUACUUAGUCGUUAUAACAGAACAGCAGGUGGGCGUUUUCUUUCCUUCUCUUUGUCCUAGUAUAGCUUUACUGCAAUUCAUACCCUGAAAUACUCUUACCAUUGCUUUCUUUCUCCUUCAACCUUUUAAAUUGUUAUGUAAAUCUUAUAUGGUUGUUUUGUCUAAAAUUCAUCUGUUUGUGAGUUUGAUUGGUAGUGGGGGAUUGAUUGAUGCAAGGAAAGUUUGGGAAGGAUCAAAAGAAGGGCUUUUUGUUUAGAUAAUUCAUGUAAAUAACACUCUGAUUUACACGUCAAGGUUUGAUUUUGUCGA